AUGUACACGAGAAUUAGUAUUCAACUGAUAAAGCACCGUGCCUAUGACAGAGCGUUAGCUUUACUUCAGAAUGUGCUGUCCAUUCGGGAGUCUAUACUGGGGAGAGACCACGCGGACACUGCCGCCACACACAACGAUAUUGGAUGGGCUCUAGAGGGAAAGGAACAGUUGGACCUAGCACUGGCCCAUUACGAUAAGUCACAAGAUAUUCGUGAGAAGGUUCUGGGAGAAGGACACUUGGCCUUGGCUUGGACAUACCACAAUACUGGCAGUUUGCUGUCCGGAGAGAUUGGGCUGAUUUUGCAAGCCCAAGGAGACAUGGAAGCCGCUUUGGAGAGUUUUGAAGCAGCCUUAUCCAUCCAAGAGACCCUUCAUGGCAAGGAUUACCCCAAUAGAGCUGUGUUGCACGCGAACAUGGCAUCUGUCAUGCUUGACCAGGGGAAUACAGAAAUGGCUUUGUCGGAGCUUGAAACGGCACUCUCCAUCUGGGAACCCAUCUAUGGCAAGCAGCACUAUUACUCCCAAAAGCUACGCAAGAAUAUCCGUAAGGCUCAGAAAUCCAGCUCGCACUGA